GGUUUCAUCAAAAUCUAACAUCAGUAAAAAUAUUGACAAUUGUUUUCUUUCUUAUGAUAAUUAGUGACUUUGUCCGUUAGGUUUCGUAGUUAGUUUGACGAGUCUUUGAAAUCAGAAACAGUAACGUCAAUCUCUUCCCCAUAACUUACAGCCGCUUUUGCGAUGAUUUACUUAUUAUUUCUUCACUUUUUAGUCUGUACGAAGUGAUGGACAAAACGUCUAGAGUUGGAAUGAUGAUCAUGUGCAAAUGACUUGAUCUCCAAAUAACCAAAUGGAAUACAUGAUCAAUGCAAUCCUUUGGGUUUUUUCACCCUUAUAUUUGUUUUGGCGUAUUAUAGAGUGAUGGUUCAGAACGAAGAUAUGUGCCGCAAAUAACGGGAGGGUGCGCAGCCCCUAAAUAACUGAAAAUCUUAUUGUUAUUUUAUCAAUUAUUACUCGCAUAGAAGUUUUUUAUCAAUUUCACACUACCUCCGAGAGAAGAAUGUUUUUUGCACCUGUCUAAUGUUUGGCUCCUAUUUGCGGUUCUGUGUGCAGCAUUAGACAGUUUAAAAACUUCGAUAACGACUUCAACAAAAGAAAUAUGAUUUGUCAAAGUCGUUGGCGAAGUCAACUUCAACAAUGCGCGAGAAGUAAUAGGUCAGUAAUGGUCGAAGUCUCGAAUAAAAAUAAUAGUCGUAGAUUAAUUCCAAGAACAAAAGCGCAACAAAAUGAAAACCCAACAAAACUGUCGCGUAAAUUGGUCAUGUUGGGAAAAGAUCUUUGUAUAGCGCUGCUGUAUGCCUUCUCCUAGUGACAUGUGCCUACUCCUUUUAAGACAAUGCAAAGACUGAGCAAAUGUUAAACACUUAGUUUCAUCAAACAGGUCCAAGAAGUUAAGAAAAGGCCACAUUUUUUUUUCUUUUUUGUCUUAGUUAAACGAUAGACUGAAAAAGCCGUGAAGACACAAGUACGAUUCAAUGGCGCUUUCUACUCAGUUGUCAAAUCCUGCUGCUGCUUCUUACAGUUCAAUUAAUAGAUAGUGAGAAAACUGAGUUAUGGUUCGUUCAUUGAAUGGAUGAUUCAUCGGACUUUUAGAUGGGCGGCUUAAUCUACAACUCGUAGAAUAACAUAUAGUAAUAAAAGCCAUCUUAUCUUUACACUGUCGUUGAUAAUAAGACAAAAAAACUAGUAUUUAUAUCGAGUCAACCAUACGGAGUCUGAAUCAUAGUUUUCAACUGGCUUGCUGUUUCACUAAUCAGAUUAUUCAUUUAUUUGUAUCUUUUCUCUUGCAUUUUCUUCCAUUGCGACUUUAUCUGUAUUUAAAAAAGUCAAUAGUUUAAGAUAAUGUUCUGCUAAUUUAUCGUUCCGUGAAAAUAUCGUCAUGUGGAAAACAGGUAAUUUGGUCUAACAGCGUACAUUUUUUACGAUAUUCCAAUAAUUUAAUUCGCAUUAGAAAGAUAAUCACGUAUUAACUCUAAAUUUUUCAUUUAAAUUUAUUUUAAAAAAGAGAAGUUUUAGAAUUUAGGUAGCACUGCUACGGUAAAAGUGUAGUGUAUUACGAUGCAUUCUGGCUCCACUAUCUUACCACUACUAUAUUUACCGUAAAAAGCGUUUUUUGUCCUCGCUAACCGUCCAAAAAAGUGGUAAUGGAUAACGGUUCACAAAUUAUUCAAAAAGAUAAAGUAUCAAAAAAAAUGUGUAGAAUUUUGCAGGAGCGGAAAACAUAAAAGAGUAAACUCUUAAGGAAUUUAACUUUUUUACACUAUACCUUGGAGCCAUCUCAAUAAUAGUAAAGAAGAUAGACUAAAGACCUUGUAAUACAUGGUCAUCAGCCCAUUACUAAUGUGACAUUAGCGAUAGGGAACCCUUUAAGUCACUAAGGGUCAACCGCUUAUGAAAAUAGAACAUAUGAGACCUCGAUUUGACUUUCUCACGAUGGAAAAAAAUUUUUAUAAUUUAAAUUUAAAAUCAAAAUUUGAAAAACCUUGUCUUGUCCAAAAUUCUCAUUAGAAACCAGAGAGCAAAUAUAUCUGAGUUUAGACCAUUAAGUUUGUGGAAAUUGAGAUAAAAUGAGCUCAGAUAGUGAAGAAAAUUUAAUAAUUUAAUUCUCUACCAGGGCUCGAAACAGGCCAGGCUACAAAUUAUCGGGCUGCACCAGGCUAAGGCAGACCAGGCCUAGACUGAAAUAGAUUCAGACAGACCUUUGAAAACACCAUGCGGCCUAGCCUAGGAAAUUUGCGUAUUUUUAUUCAUAAUCUAGCAUUUCGGCUGUAGAUGUCGUUAUGAUAUGGGAGUUUCACACUGUGAAACUAUGUACUAGACUGAAAUAGAUCACUAAAUCUUGGCACGGUUGAGGAUAUGUUAUUAGUUAGAUCAGUUCAGAAAAUACUUGAACAAAAACCAAAUUUUUUUACUUAGAUAUAUCGUUUAGUUAUCUGUCACUUUUCUUUCCAUCUUAUGUUACUAUUAUUUGUACAUUUUAUUUAUUAAAAAAAUUAUCAGGCAUCUACAGACCAGGUCAGGGUAGGCCGAGAGCAACGGCAGGCAGGCAGGCAAGGCCCAGGCAGAUCUAAACAUUACAGGUCUGACGCAGGCAGGCCAGGCCUCAAAAUUGUCGGCCUGUUUCGAGCCCUGUUCUCUACAACCAAUAUCAGAUUAGUUUUUUCACACAAUGCAUGCUCAGUUUGUUAUAAUGAUAAUGCCAAUGUUCAUGUGAAUGAAGAUUGGGCUUUAAAAGGUUAAGGACAGUAACUGUUGAAGUCCAUGUUCACAUUAUCAUACCCGACUACUUUUGUUUUUACCGUAGCGGAUGCAUGACGCAGAGAAAAAUAGUACAUUCUAGAUUUAUACAAUGUCUACACUUUAUAGGAAAGUGAGUAUGUCUGUUCUUCUUGUGUCACUACAAUAUAAGCAUUUUCCGAUUUUCCAUCGUAUGAAAGCUUAUUAUCGUCGUCUUUUAGAUUUAAGCAUUCUACUUCUUUUAAUAAACGUCUCUCUAUGAGAGACAUAAAAACAGUCAAGUCAAAAACAAACUUCGACAUGUUCCAAAAUAAGUGGGGUAAGUCGAUAUCUUCUUAGUGUAUGCAUAAAGUUGUCUUUGUACUCUUUGUUUUCAGACCGAGAUUUAGUAUCAGGGUUGCCAAUGCCAACAAAUAUACUGCCGUCAAAUGUUUCAUCGAAUUUACCCACGACAACUAUUCGAACAUCAGUUCCCUCUACGUUACCUUUUCUCACCAUCAAUUCGUCGGUUAACAAUCAUACUUAUCAGAGUAAUCAUAAUAAUCAUCAACUCCAUCAAUCACAACAACAGCAUUUACAACAACAAUCGUUAUCGUCAAUGGUGGUGAAUACCGCAGAUGACCAACGACAUCGUCAAGCUGCCUUUGAUGCUUUAAGUCAAUUAGAACGGUAUCAUAAUGACUUACAGAUGAUGGUAGAAUCAUAUGCGAUCGAUUCAUCCUUACCUACAUCAUCGAAUACACAAAUUUCCGCUUGUAUACAUCGUCAACAACAAUCUUCACACAGUGAUAACUCGUCUCGAUCGUUUCCAUUACUAUGUUCAACGUCAUUAGCAGUUCCCGUGUCAACAACGACAAUCAAUCUUCCGUCGCAAUCAUCAUUAUGUUUUACGUCUAAAAAUUUACCGGAUAUUUCUCCCUCUUUAGGGCACUCUCAUCAUAACAAAAUUUCAAACGAUUUAUUUUUAUUACAAGAUUCUAACCUCUCAUUACAGCCUCAAAGUUCUCUCGGUGCUGCAGCGUCUGUUUUAUUACAAAAAACAAGUGGUUCAACCGAUUUUUCACCAUCGCCGGUUAACAUUACGACAUCAAAUGACAACACCAAUCAUAAUAUUAUUCUCGAUCGUGAUCCGGCUGGAAUUAAAUCAACCGAUUUGACUGAUACGUUAAGAUGGCUCUUGAUAAAGGCUGGACCACAUCAACCCAAAAACGAUGAUUUCAAUACGAGCAUAUUUCCUUGUCCUGGCAACAAAAUCGUUCGAUUUCGAGCGAAAUGGUUUGACGAUCUUCGAUUCAAAGAUUGGUUAGAAUAUUCGUUAAAAAGUGGACGAGCUUACUGUUUUUACUGUCGAAUGUUCGCUGAUACAAAUCGUAACCGCGCCUUUGCUAGAGAUGGUGUAAAGAAUUGGAGAAAAUGUCUCGGUUCAAGAGGCAGAAAGAAGCGUACAAAUCAUCAUCGUCGUACUGAUGAUAACAGUUCUAGAACAACGACAGUGCAAACAAUCAAUUUGAAUCAUAUUGAACAUGGUCAAUCAGAGCCACUCGGUGCACAACGUAGAGGAUUAUUCGAAGGACACUGUCAAUCUGAAUCUCAUCGUCAAGCAUAUGAAAAAUUCAAAACAUUUGUUGAAAAAAUGAAUUUUGAAUCACAAGCACAGCAAAUCAAUCAUCAAAAUCAAGACUAUUCAGAUCAACAUCGAUCGAAACCAUUGAAUACUCAUUUACAUCUUAUGCAACAACAUAUCAAACCAGAACGUCAUUCAUGA